AUGGAGACGGAAGAAUACCACGGGAAGAUGAAAACCCUUCUCGAUGACGAAAACACGUACAAGAAGUUACGGACAAAUCCUACGAACAAGAUCGUCAAGAAAAUCAACGGUAUCAUCGAUGAAUGGCGUAGAAAGGAAUAUAUCGACUUCCGAACCCAAAGAAGAUUGAAAGAAUCGAGCUGCAACCCACCUCGGAUCUACGGACUACCGAAAGUACAUAAGGAAAACAGACCACUCCGACCAGUUGUUUCCACGAUAGGAUCGGCAACCUACAACAUAGCCGGAUACCUGUCGGACAUAAUAGGAAAUGUAGUCGGAAAAACCGAUUUCGCGAACGAAAUAACAGGAGUGCAGACAGAGGAAGGAGAGGAGCUGUUUUCUCUGGACGUGGUAUCGCUGUACACAAAUGUACCAGUGGACUACGCUCUGAUGUGCCUAGAGGAACGAUGGACCGAGCUAGAAACCCACACGAACAUAGACAAGGAAAGCUUUAUGAAGACGGUAAAGGUAGUACUCGAAUCAACCUUCUUCGUAUACCAAGGUACGAUAUAUGGACAGACGUACGGAGUCCCGAUGGGAUCGCCACUAUCCCCAGUAAUCGCCAACGUAGUGAUGGAGAAACUGGAACAGGAGUGCAUAAAGAACCUGGAGGCGAAACAAAUACGAAUGAGGGUGUACAAACGGUAUGUAGAUGAUUGCAUGUGUGUCGCGAGAAGGGAACACAUUCAAACGAUCGUAGACACGUUCAACAAUUUCCACGAUCGUCUACAGUUUACAGUAGAACAUGAAGUGGGCGGGAAAAUGAAAUUCUUGGACAUGAUGUUAGAACGUACCGAGAACAAAAUUACUACGUCGUGGCUUCCCAAACAACCCGACGGUAGGUAUCUGGAUUUCAAAUCCAAAAGCCCAUUUCAACACAAACAAAACACGGCGAUCGCGCUCAUUGACCGCGCGAUCAAACUAUCCUGUGGAGAUAAACGUGCGGAAGCACUAAACCACGCGACACGAAUCUUGCGGAAAAACCACUACCCCACAUGGUUCGUAAAUCGCGUACGAAAGAAACGUGUACACAAACACUACAACUGUUUGGAAGAAGCAGGUACGGCAGACCAGCCUCAAAAGUUUGUGUCAGCUCCCUACAUACCAAGCUUGAGUGAAAAACUUAGGAAAACCCUACAGCGGAACAACAUAAUCCUAGCCUCCCGACCACGGAACAAAAUUAAACACAUGGUGUUUAGCCAAAUGAAGGACCCGAUACCACCAGGGAAGCAGACGAAGGUAGUGUACUCGAUACCAUGUGGAACCGACGAUGGAAAAGUGUACAUAGGACAGACGAAACGCAUGCUGGAGGUACGGAUGGCGGAACACCGCAACGACUGCAGGAACCGAAAUCCAAAAUCGGGUUUGGCGGUACACACCAUCGAAGAGGGCCACGUGUUCAACUUCGAGAAAACGACAGUACUGGAGCGCAUCGAACACCCGGAGUUGCGUGUACCUCCGGAGGAGAUCCAUCCCGUCGGUUUCAGUAUCGCCUUGGUCAUCUAA